GUCAUUACGUGGCCUGCGAAAGGCUGGAAAUAAUAAAGCACUUUCUGGCGUUGAAGACUACAUGAACGUUGGAUGUGAUAGAUGUGACAAGAACUAACUACUUCUUUUUUUUUGUAUUUUCCCUCCCACAAAACAAAAACACGGCGAGUCGAAUUGGCAAGUUUCCGAGGUGUCCCUGAACGCGUCAGCAACGUCAAACAUCCAGCCCAGGAAGCGCGGAGCUUCCUGAAUAACCAGCCCAGCUGCACUUGUUAGUGUUAGUGCGCCCCCUCACUGGACACUUUAACGCCGACUUCUGCUCACUUUGGCCGCGGAAUUCCCUCUCCAUUAGGACCGCGAGAGCGAUGCGACGCCUGGCGGGAGCAGGAAGAGGAGACGAAGCGGCCAGAGAGCAGCAUCCACCUGCGGGGAACAUCUGACUUGCUCUUUUCUAGCGUCAAAAAAGAAAAAGCAUCGGUGUACGGCAGGCGGGCGGGCUAUGAGUCAUAACCCGGCAGGCGGAGGGCUGUUGGGGGCUCAGCUGUGAAGAAGAGUGGCGCUGCAGCAUCUCAGCCAGCGUCUCAGUAGCCGCACAAGCUAUGACGCUAAAAUGUUUGUGUUGACAUUUGUGGCAUGUUUUUUUUACAUCAAAUUAAGAAAGCUUGUUUUUUUUAGUUAGUUUUUUCCAGCCGUAGUUACAUAAAAAGAGGCCAAUAUUGGAGCAACAGUUGGGAUUCGAGCAAUGAAAUUGCUUGUUAAGUCAGAUUUACGAGCAUCUUGCUUGAAAAGGUCGCUGUUGGUCAUCAAGAUGACUGAUGGGGAUUAUGACUACCUGAUAAAGCUCCUGGCCCUGGGAGACUCUGGCGUGGGGAAGACAACGUUCCUGUACAGAUACACAGAUAAUAAGUUCAACCCCAAGUUCAUCACCACAGUCGGCAUCGACUUCAGGGAAAAGAGAGUGGUGUACACAGCAUCCAACCCUAAUGGGAUGACGGCAGGAAAAAGCUUUAAGGUUCAUCUACAGCUUUGGGACACAGCUGGGCAGGAAAGGUUCCGCAGCCUGACAACGGCGUUCUUCAGGGAUGCUAUGGGCUUCCUGCUGAUGUUUGAUCUCACCAGCCAACAGAGCUUCCUCAAUGUCAGGAAUUGGAUGAGUCAGCUACAGGCCAACGCCUACUGUGAGAACCCAGAUAUCGUGUUGGUUGGAAACAAGGCGGAUCUGGCUGACCAGCGGGAGGUUCAGGAAAAACAAGCAAAGGAGUUGGCAGAUAAAUAUGGGAUUCCGUAUUUCGAGACGAGUGCGGCGACCGGGACGGAGGUGGACCAGUCUGUGAUCACUCUGCUGGACCUGGUGAUGAAGAGGAUGGAGCAGUGUGUGGACAAACCCCCCGCCGAGCCCGCCAACGGCACCGGGACCACCAAGCUCUCCGCCGCACAGCCCGAGGAGAAGAAAUGUGCAUGCUAGAUGAGUUGAUUCCGGAAAAAACGUUGACUUGAUCUGUCCCUCCUCACCUUUUGCUUGCAUGCUUCUUCUCGUCCGACUCCUUUCCUUCUUGCAAAAAAAAAACAUUUCCUUUCCCACUCUUUUUGCUUCCUUCGCCUGCUUCCACACUGGAAAUGAAAACGAAAGCUAGUUCUCCCUCUGCUGGUCAUUCAAGCUACUGCACUCUGUGAGGAAAAGACCAUUUUGUUUUCCUCGCUUAAGCUGCAGUACAGUUCUGCAUGGUCCUGGUCUCUGCUCGCUGCUGGUUUACAUGAGUUCCAUGGUCCAAUCCCUUUCUGCUACUACAACAGUAUACACGUUUCUAUGGCCUCCACUUGACUUCCAAACCUGUCCCUGCAAUCAUAAUUAACUGUCAUAAUUCAUUUUCCCCAUUGCACAAUGCCUUCUAUGCUGGUACAGUACAGUGAUACUUCACUUUUGGAAUGUAAUCCAUCCCAAAAGUUACCAUAAUAAGUCCAAUUAAACCGUUCCAAACACCCAAUUUAUGAACCAAAAAUACUUUUUAUAGAUAAAAAUGAUAGUUGGACAUGCAUAUAACAAUGUGACAUAUAAAUACAUGAUGGAUGAACAUUUAACAUGACUUUUAUAGUUAAUGAAGACGUGUGGGCAAAGAAGGCAAUGUACUUUGCUUUCUCAAAUUCAAUAUUUCGCAACUUUUUCAUCAAAGUGCUGAUACUCGCAACUUUAUUCGGCCCCCGUGUUGAUUUAUUUUGCAGUCGUACUCUAGAAUUUUCCCAGAAACUUGCCAUACUAAAUUAUGUAAGUCCAAUUAAAAUAGUUCCAAACACCCAAUUUAUGAACCAAAAACACCUUUUAUAGAGAAAAAACUUUAUUCGGCCCCCGUGGUGAUUUAUUUUGUCGUACUUUAGAAUUUUCCCCAAAAACUUUUUAUAGAGAAAAAUGUACGUGAAAUACAAAUACAUGAUGAAUUAACACAUUACAUCACUUUUAUAUUUACUAAAAACUUGUGGGCAAAGAUGACAAUGUACUUUGAUGAAAAAGUUGCGCAAUAUUUAAUUCGAGAAAGAAAUGGUAGCAAAAUGCUGAUACUCGCAACUUUAUUUGGCCCCCGUGGUGAUUUAUUUUGCAGUCAUAUUCUAGAAUUUCCCCAUUGCACAAUGCCUUCUAUGCUAGUACAGUACAGUGAUACUUCACUUUUGGGAUGUAAUCCAUCCCAAAAGUUGCCAUAAUAAGUCCAAUUAAACCGUUCCAAACACCCAAUUUAUGAACCAAAAAUACUUUUUAUAGAUAAAAAUGAUAGUUGGACAUGCAUAUAACAAUGUGACAUAUAAAUACAUGAUGGAUGAACAUUUAACAUGACUUUUAUAGUUAAUGAAGACUUGUGGGCAAAGAUGACAAUGUACUUUGAUGAAAAAGUUGCGCAAUAUUUAAUUCGAGAAAGAAAUGGUAGCAAAAUGCUGAUACUCGCAACUUUAUUUGGCCCCCGUGGUGAUUUAUUUUGCAGUCAUAUUCUAGAAUUUCCCCAUUGCACAAUGCCUUCUAUGCUAGUACAGUACAGUGAUACUUCACUUUUGGGAUGUAAUCCAUCCCAAAAGUUGCCAUAAUAAGUCCAAUUAAACCGUUCCAAACACCCAAUUUAUGAACCAAAAAUACUUUUUAUAGAUAAAAAUGAUAGUUGGACAUGCAUAUAACAAUGUGAAAUACAAAUACAUGAUGGAUGAACAUUUAACAUGACUUUUAUAGUUAAUGAAGACUUGUGGGCAAAGAAGGCAAUGUACUUUGCUUUCUCAAAUUCAAUUUUUCGCAAUUUUUUCAUCAAAGUGCUGAUACUCGCAACUUUAUUUGGCCCCUGUGGUGAUUUAUUUUGUAGUCAUAUUCUAGCAUUUUCCCCUUUGCACAAUGCCUUCUAUGCUGGUCCUGUUUAGUACAGUGAUACUUCAAUUUUGGUAUGUAAUCCAUCCCAAAAGUUGCCAUACUAAAUUAUGUAAGUCCAAUUAAAUAGUUCCAAACACCCAAUUUAUGAACCAAAAUCACCUUUUACAGAGAAAAAUUGAAGUGAAAUAUAAAUGCAUGAUGAAUUAAUAUUUAACAUCACUUUUAUAGUUAAUGAAAACUUGUGGGCAAAGAUGGCAAUGUAAAAAAAGUUGCGCAAUAUUUAAUUCGAGAAAUAAAUGGUAGCAAAGUGCUGAUACUCGCAACUUUGUUCGGCCCCCGUGAUGAUUUAUUUUGCAGUCGUACUGUAGAAUUUUCCCCAUUGCACAAUGCCUUCUAUGCUGGGCCUGUAUAGUACAGUGAUACUUCACUUUUGGUAUGUAAUCCAUCCCAAAAGUUGCCAUAAUAAGUCCAAUUAAACCGUUCCAAACACCCAAUUUAUGAACCAAAAAUACUUUUUAUAGAGAAAAAUGAUAGUUGGACAUGCAUAUAACAAUGUGAAAUAUAAAUACAUGAUGGAUGAACAUUUAACAUGACUUUUAUAGUUAAUGAAGACUUGUGGGCAAAGAAGGCAAUGUACUUUGCUUUCUCAAAUUCAAUUUUUCGCAAUUUUUUCAUCAAAGUGCUGAUACUCGCAACUUUAUUUGGCCCCUGUGGUGAUUUAUUUUGUAGUCAUAUUCUAGCAUUUUCCCCAUUGCACAAUGCCUUAUAUGCUGGUCCUGUAUAGUACAGUGAUACUUCACUUUUGGUAUGUAAUCCAUCCCAAAAGUUGCCAUACUAAAUUAUGUAAGUCCAAUUAAAUAGUUCCAAACACCCAAUUUAUGAACCAAAAUCACCUUUUACAGAGAAAAAUUGAAGUGAAAUAUAAAUGCAUGAUGAAUGAAUAUUUAACAUCACUUUUAUAGUUAAUGAAAACUUGUGGGCAAAGAUGGCAAUGUAAAAAAAGUUGCGCAAUAUUUAAUUCGAGAAAGAAGUGGUAGCAAAGUGCUGAUACUCGCAACUUUAUUCGGCCCCCGCGAUGAUUUAUUUUGCAGUCGUACUGUAGAAUUUUCCCCAUUGCACAAUGCCUUCUAUGCUGGGCCUGUAUAGUACAGUGAUACUU